CUCACCGUGCCCGCCUUUCCUUCUCCUGCCCGCCUUUCACUCCCGGUGCCGCUGUCCUCACCGUGCCCGCCUUUCCUUCUCCUGCCCGCCUUUCACUCCCGGUGCCGCUGUCCUCACCGUGCCCUCCUUUCCCCUCAUUGCCGCCAUGCCGGGCCCACCCUGCGGGUCCCUGCUCGACUACAAGACUGCCAAGUUCUCGCUGACACGGAACCGGCGGGUGGGGCUGCUGCACCGGCUGCUGCAGCUGAGCGCGCUUGGCUACCUGCUGGGGUGGGUGCUGCUGCUGCGGAAGGGGUACCAGGAACGCGACGCGGCCCCGCGUGUCGCCGUGGUCACCAAGGUGAAGGGGGCGGUGGCCGCCGAGGCCGGGGGCCGGCGGCUCUGGGACGCUGCGGAUCUCACCUGGCCCCCGCAGGGGGAAAAUGUGCUUUUCCUGGUGACUAACUUCAUUGCCACGAUCCAGCAAGCCCAAGGCACCUGCCCUGAGAGCCCCUCUGUCCUCGACGGGAUGUGCAAAGAAGAUGCAGAUUGUCCCAUGGGAAACCCUGUGGUUCAUGGCAAUGGCAUAAAAACUGGGAAAUGUUUGAUGUUCAACACCACUCAUUCCACCUGUGAGAUCUAUGGCUGGUGCCCUGUGGAGAAUGGCACCCUGCCCAGGAAACCACUUCUGACUGAGGCAGAGAAUUUCACUAUUUUUAUAAAAAAUACUGUCCACUUCACCAAAUUUAACUUCUCCAAGUGCAACACUUUACAAACAACUGACUCCAGCUAUUUCAAGAGCUGCACAUAUGAUCCCGUCUUCAACCCCUCCUGCCCUGUGUUCCGUGUCCGUGACAUGGUGGAGGCAGCUGGAGAGAACUUUGGAGACCUCGCACUGCUGGGAGGAAGCAUCAGAGUUCUUAUUGAGUGGAACUGCGACCUGGACCACCCCGCUACCCAGUGCCAGCCACAGUAUUCCUUCAGCCUGCAGGACAGGAGGUACAAUUUCAGAACUGCCUCCUACUACUGGGGCUCGCAGCGGGAGCUGUACCGAAACCUGCUGAAACUCUAUGGGAUCCGCUUUGACCUCUCCGUGCACGGCCAGGCUGGGAAGUUCAGCAUUGUUCCUACUGCCGUGAGCUUUGGCACCAGCAUCGCCUUCUUUGGUGCUGCUACAAUAGUCUGUGACCUGGUUCUGCUCUACCUGGAUGCAAAGGCUGACCUUUAUUGGAAGGGGAAGUUUGAGGAGAGUGGAGUGAGGGUCCUGGACAGUGAAUCUGGUUGCAUGGAACCAAGCAGAGUACCCAAGGACCACCUGGGCUGCCUCCAUGGCUGCUGUAUACUGAUGUCCCUGUUCAUUUUGCAGGCAAGACCCCCUAAAGGUAAGCCUGGGGCCACAGCUUAGGGACAUUGGGAAUGCUCCACCACAAACACCCUCCCCUCCAGAGCCACCUCCAGGUAGAUAUGAUGGGGGACCCCUGGUGGAGGUGGGCCAGUCCUGGCACGGCCGGAGUUAGGGUCUGCCUUUCCUGGAGAAGCACUGGCAGCAGCAGCAGUUCUUGGCUCCUGGAGCACAAAGCCAUCCCAGUGGCAGCUCACAGCACUGACAGCUGGUGCUGGAGCAGAGCUGCCCCAGAACCAGAGCGUGCUGGGGAGCAGCUGAUCCUGCUUGGCACAACAGGCUUAAAGAAUUUUG